UUUACUUUCGUUUUUCAAAAAUCUUCAUCAUUCCCUGUAAUAUGUCUCAAAAGAUGAAUUGGUUUAAUGGAAGUAUACCUGAAGCUAUUCAGAGAUCCAAGCAACAGAAAGUUCUUUUCAUUGUCUACGUUCAUGGACAAAACGACAUGUCAACAGAAAUGGAUAAGGUAUGGAAUGACCCAGAAGUCAUAACAUUGUGCAAUAGUAGUGGAAGUGUCGCCAUCAAACUUGCUGCAAACAGUGAGGCGUGCGGACAUUUUUCACAGAUCUUUCCCGUUGUGGUUGUGCCCUCUACAUAUUUUAUUGGGGUCAACGGGGCACCUAUUGAGGUGACAGCAGGUCACAAAGAGAAAGCAGAGUUUGUUAAAGUCAUUCAGAAUGUGAUCAAGUUACACAAUGAUCAGUUGUCUGCAGCCCAGCCUAGUCCACCCACUGCCGUGGUCCAACCCAGCACAUCCACAGCACAAAGCACAGCACCAAGCACAUCUACACAGCCAGCAGAGAUAGAGAAGCCUCCUCUGGAGGAACGAGUACAGAAAGCAAAAGAGAAAAUGGAAAUAAAGAGAGAGGAAAAACAGAAAACUGAGAAAGAGAAAGUGAAAGAAGAGGAAAAGGAAAGACGGAAGCUUGGAAAAGAUUUACAGAAACUUAAGGAUUUCCAGAAGGAGAGAGAACUGAAGGAUUCCGCGGAGCAGAUGAGGAAAGAAAAGGCUGAAGAGAAGCGUCAACGAGACAAAAUCAGGGAACAAAUAGCUAGAGAUAGGGAGGAGAGAGCAGCUCGCUUCAGAAAGGAGACCCAGGAACAGAAACUGGCAGCAGAGGAGAAAAAACAGGCGCAACUAUCAGCACGACAAAAACUCACAGAGGAGGAGGAGGCCAAGAAAAUGGAGAUGACCAGGAUCCAGGUUCGACUCCCUGACGGAACGUCAAUAUCCAACACAUUCCCGUCCUCUGAUAUACUGCGGAGUGUUUAUACCGUUGUCUCAGGACGUAUUGGUGCUGACGUUACCCUUUCUACAGUCUACCCAAAGAGAAUCUUUACACAGGAGGACAUGUCACAGACUCUGCUAUCAUUAAAUCUGGUCCCCUCCUCUGUGUUAAUAGCUGUACCAAGAAAAUCCAAUGUGAUAUCCAAGCCAGGGAAUUCAGGUGGUGGAAUUCUGGCCUUUAUUUUGGCCCCAUUUUUAUUUUUGUGGAACAUGAUCCGAGUUUUUCUGUUUGGUGGAUCCUCACAAGAAAAAGUCGAGGAUACACCACCAACCUCCGAGGAAUCUCAGCCCUCAUCUCAAAGGAGGACCAGACCUCAAACAGCCUACCAGCGGAGACCCAUACGGUCAGAGGGAAAUGUCCGCAGGUUGACUGAAAUGAGAGAUGACGAUGAUGAAAACGCCACAUGGAAUGGGAACUCCACCCAACAAAUGUAGGAACCAAUCAGAACAAUCCUUUACAGCUGUAACAACCAAUCAGAGAGAAAGAAAAACCAAUAUGUUGUUUUGAACCAGCCAGGAGCUGGUGUUUUGGACCAGAAUGAUCUUGAUAUGUAAGAAUGACCAAGUCAAGUGUAGUGUUAAAAAUUGUACAUCUAUUUCUUUAACAGAACACUUCAGCCUCCAGUACAUAUAUGUUUUUUAUUUAAUUUCUAUUUUAAACCAAGCAAAAACUUUGAAAUCGGUGAGAUGUUCUUGUCAGAGGAGGUCAUGAAAGGUCCUCAUAAUGUUCAUGUAUCAUUAAUGUUCGACAGUUAAUUUAUUAUGGUGCAUCUUGAUAGCCAAAGGUUUUUAGUCCACUCUGCUCCCUGUAAAGCUGAUGAGGAGCAGGGUGGAUUAUAAACCCUGGGCUAGUGGAAGAUAAUUGGUGUUAGAAGAGGAAAAAUAGUUACUGUUUUUUGGUAUUUUUUGGUUUAUUUAAAAUAAACUUUAAUAAAAAAGCCCUGUUAUUGUUAA